CGCGCCUACUCCUCAGUGCGCAUGCCCCGUGCGAUCCUCGCGCCUCCCCGCUACGUCACGGUUUAAAACGAAAUGCGGUUCGUAGUUUCAUCCAUUCGCCCGCCUCACAGUCACAGUCGUACCAUCGUUCGCCGCGAGAGGUCUUCUUCGGUCCACACAGAGUUUACGACAUCUGCGGACUGUCGUCCGACCCUAUUUAGUCGAGUACUCGAAAGGGAGCGUGGUAGCGCCGGUAUCGAUCUAAGCGCUUCUCGUAGCCGCUCGUGCACGAGGCUCUCUCGGGAUAUUCGGCUAGCGAUCGUCGUCGGCGCCGGCCUUUUCGCGGUGUUUACGCGCCGCUUCUACCCGUUUCAUUCGCGUGAUGAUACUCGUUCGAGUUAAUUGAUAGCGCGCCGCACGCACCUGCAACUAGACGACUGACGGCUACGACUGCUCUACUCGCGCCAACUUCAUCGAUUCACACCAACAAAAACUUUCGAAGUCAAAAUGGGCUGCUUCGUUAGUAAAGAUAAACUCACCAAAGAGGAUAUGGAUUUCCUCAAGACGCAUACAUCUUAUGACGAGACUACCAUCAAAGAAUGGUACAAAGGAUUCAAGCAAGAUUGCCCCAACGGCCGUCUGACACCGGCAAAGUUCGUGGACAUGUACAAGAUGUUCUUCCCAUCCGGCAACGCCGUCGAGUUUUGCGACCAUGUCUUCCGCACCUUCGACAUGGAUAGGAAUGGAUACAUUGACUUCAAGGAAUUCCUACAGGCGAUCCAUGUCACUUCCAGCGGAACCCCCGAGGAAAAACUCAAGUGGGCUUUCCGCAUGUAUGAUGUCGAUGGCAACGGAGUUAUUGACAUCCAAGAAAUGACCAAGAUCGUCCAGGCGAUCUACGAUAUGCUUGGCGCUUGCUCCAGCAACAGGCCGGCCGAUUCCGCUGAGGAGCGCGCUAAGAAUAUCUUCGCGAAAAUGGACGAGAACAACGACGGCCAGCUCACUCAGGAGGAGUUCCUCAAGGGAUGUCUCCAGGAUGAGGAGCUGUCAAAGAUGCUUGCACCCUAAGCUGGGGCAGCACACUAUAGCCGCAGUCCGGUCGCACAAAAACACUUUUACUUUUUACUUAGCGAUAAUCCGAUGGCGCUCAUUAGUUCACUCUUUUAAUUUCAGGCAAACGUAUGUUAACAUUCUGUUAUAAUGUUUUAUGAUUGUAUAUAUUGUUUUUACAAUUUAAAUUAAAGUUAUUUUAAAGUGAUGUUAUAGAAAUGUCUUGGAAUUUAAAUACAUGUACACUUUACUUGUGCCACACAUAUGUCGCAAACAGUCACAAAUUAAUCGUCGUUUUUAGUUCCGCCGUCGGAUUAUCCAAAUCGGGAUCUCAUUACAGUAACCGAAACGUAAAUACUUUUUUAUUUUGUAUUACGUCACCGGACUGUUUUAUCGAGAUAAAUGUAUUUAUUCUAUGUCUUAUGAACCUUUACUGUGCUGCACAUUUGUCAAUCUUAAUUUAUUGUAAGGAAACAAUUAGUGUAUGUGUAAGGGGAGAUGAUCAGAUUGUAUUUAGACGACACACGACUUAUGUUAGUUUCACACGAAGGCAGCAUAGCGAGACAGAUUAGUGAACAGUGCAGUACUACAAUUGUUUGAAUUAUGCUACUUGUACACGAAAGCAGUAAUUCAACAGUCAGAAUAAUCAAAACUGUACUGUUCUGUCUCCCAGUGUGCUAUCAAGCAAUAGCAGAACUGCAUUGACGUAUUGGUCUACCUUACUUUACUGCUCUUCUAUGAAAUUUUACUAUGACGGAUGCUUUACAACUUGCCGUUUACAAUCUGACCAACUCCGUUGAUGGUUAAGUCGAAUUAUGUAACUUUAACCAAAAACUUAUUUAUUAUUAAGAUGCAUAAAUAUAAUGUUGACGUCAAUAUUGGUGUAUAUUCAGGUUCAUUAUUGGUGUCUUCUCAUCUAUUCUCGAAGUCUUAUUCAUCUUGUGUGGGUUAAGUUGUAAACUAUGACCCUUUAGAUUAAGCAUUAUUCAGUAUAAUUUACUGCUUUACCAAAUAACAUGUCGUAUUAUAGUGCUUCAAGAUCUUUUGAAUUUAAAACUCUUGAUGUAUUUUAGAUUUUUUUUAACGUAUAUCUAUAAAGAAAUUCCCUUCUGUUCUGCCUAUCCACUACUGUGCCUUCUAGUUCUCUGUACAAAUAGGUUAUUCUAUACUUUAUUUAUUUUAAAUAUUAAGCCUUCAUUAAUUUUCUAUCAAUUUAAACUCUUUACAUCUAUAAAUUAUAAAAUCAUGUUGUUUAGUUUAACAAUUUUAACAAGGUGUACUUAAGCUAGUCUCUGGCCAUGAAAAUCUGAUUAAAAUUAUGUUUAAACAUGCGCUUACUUUUAAGAUCUUAUUGUAAAUGUUUUCAGUGCAGCUGAAUUUAAUCUUAAAUAACGAUCAAGUUUUUAACUAAGGAAAAUUACCAUUGAAAGAGUUAAUUACCUUAAGAGUUAAUUUUUCGUGGGUCCCCCUUAUACCAUAAAGAUAAAAAUGAAUUCUAAAGUAAUUGAAAUCAACAAUUUAUUAAAAGAAUAAAAA